CAAAUGAAUUUAAAAAAGGACUCAACUGAUGAACAUGUGACUUCACAUGUGUAUGUGUGUGUGUGUUUGUGAGUGUGUGCAUGUGUGUGUGUGUGUGUGUGUGUGUGUGUGUGUGUGUAUGAGUGUGAUGACACACUACCUGACCUCUCAGGUUUCAGUCAGAGAGGCGAAGCAAGGCAAGGCCAGAAGACACCAGACAGACAGUUGGAGUGAGAGACAGACAGGCUGAAAGAGAGAGAGACAGUCACACAGUCAGUCAGACAGACAGAAAGAGAGAGACAGACAGGUCAUCAGAAAGACAGGUAGACAGACAGACAGACACGCUGCAGAUACUGAUUGGAUUUAUUUGUGAAUAAACAACAGAAGCAGGAGGCAGUUGCUAGGUGACGGUGAAGUUGAGGAGUUUGGGCGGCGCUGCAUGAUGCCAGGAUGGCACCUCUGCUGCCCCCUGUUGGUUCGGAGGUCUUCAGACGCUUCACACCAGCCUCACUGGAGGAAAUCCAACGACGACAUGAAGCUGAAGAGAAAGAGCGACAGAGGAGGAAGGAGAAGAACAUUGAGAUAGCAGAGGAAGAUCUUCCCAAACCAGCCAGUGACCUGGAGGCUGGGAAGCCCCUCCCAUUCAUCUACGGAGACCCACCCCCUGAGCUUCUCAACACCCCAUUGGAGGAGCUGGAUCCCUUCUACCAAUCACAGAAGACCUUCAUUGUGCUCAGUAAGGGAAACAUCAUCUACAGGUUUAAUGCUGAACCUUCCUGUUACCUGCUGAGUCCAUUCAGUUGUCUGAGGAACUUCUCUAUCAGGAUCCUCAUCCACUCUGUUUUCAGUUUGUUCAUCAUGGUGACGAUUCUGACCAACUGUGUGUUCAUGACGAUGAGUGAUCCUCCCCCGUGGAGCAAGACUGUGGAGUAUGUGUUCACAGCCAUCUACACGUUUGAAGCAACAGUCAAAGUUCUGUCCCGAGGAUUCUGUGUCGGAGAUUUCACCUUCCUCAGAGACCCCUGGAACUGGCUGGACUUCAUGGUCAUCAGCAUGGCAUAUCUGACAGAGUUCGUUGACCUGGGAAAUGUUUCUGCGUUGAGGACGUUCCGAGUUCUUCGAGCCUUGAAAACCAUCACAGUCAUCCCCGGUUUAAAGACAAUUGUCGGAGCUCUCAUCCAAUCAGUGAAGAAGCUUGCUGAUGUCAUGAUCCUGACGGUCUUCUGUCUCAGCGUCUUUGCUCUCAUUGGUCUGCAGCUCUUCAUGGGAAACUUGAGGCAGAAGUGUGUCCUGAUCCCGCCACUGUUCGGCAACCACACGUCUGAUGUCGAACUCAACACUGGUUACCAUGGCAACAACAGCCUCAGCAACAACACCUAUGGCAACAACACAGGAAGCUUUGAUUAUUACGAGUUCAUCAACAACCCAGAGAACUACUACUUCCUGCCCGGUCAGCCGGACGCUCUGCUGUGUGGAAACAGCUCUGAUGCUGGGGUCUGUCCAGAGGGCUUUGUAUGUCUGAAGGCGGGAAGAAAUCCAAACUACGGCUACACCAGUUAUGACUCCUUUGCCUGGGCAUUCCUGGCUCUGUUCAGACUGAUGACCCAGGACUUCUGGGAAAACCUGUUCCAGCUGACUUUGCGAGCAGCAGGUAAAACCUACAUGAUCUUCUUCGUGGUCGUCAUCUUCCUCGGCUCGUUCUACCUCAUUAACCUGAUCCUGGCUGUGGUCGCCAUGGCAUACGCAGAGCAGAACGAGGCCACGGUGGCUGAGGCCAAACAGAAGGAGGAGGAGUACGCUCAAAUCAUGGAGGCACUGAAGAAGAGAGAGGAGGAGCAGGCGGCCUGCAGAGCGGCGCUCCCAGAGAAACCAGACUCUACACUCACAUCAGAGGAAGGACAAGAGCAAGAACACACUGCAAUGGAUGACUUUGAGGACGACCAGAGGCCGUGUCCUCCAUGUUGGUAUGCCUUUGCCGACAUAUUUCUGAAGUGGAACUGUUGCAGCUGCUGGCAGUGGAUCAAACAGUGGCUCUACACCAUCGUCAUGGACCCAUUUGUCGACCUCGGCAUCACCAUCUGCAUCGUCCUCAACACCGUCUUCAUGGCCAUGGAGCAUUAUCCAAUGACAGAGGAUUUUGAGGAGCUGCUGAGCGUCGGAAAUCUGGUCUUUACAGGGAUCUUCACAGCUGAGAUGGUCCUCAAACUUCUGGCCAUGGAUCCGUAUUACUACUUCCAGGUGGGCUGGAACAUCUUUGACAGCAUCAUCGUCACCAUGAGUCUGGUGGAGCUGGGAUUGGCUAAUGUUCAGGGCCUGUCUGUGCUGCGCUCAUUCCGAUUGAUGCGAGUCUUUAAGCUGGCCAAGUCAUGGCCAACUCUCAACAUGCUGAUCAAGAUCAUCGGGAACUCUGUUGGGGCUCUGGGGAACUUGACUCUGGUUCUGGCCAUCAUCGUCUUCAUCUUCGCAGUUGUUGGGAUGCAGUUGUUUGGGAAGAGUUACAAAGACUGUGUCUGUCGCAUUGCAGAGGACUGCGAACUUCCUCGCUGGCACAUGAACGACUUCUUCCACGCCUUCCUCAUCAUCUUCAGGGUUCUGUGUGGAGAGUGGAUCGAGACCAUGUGGGACUGCAUGGAGGUCGCGGGUCAGGCCAUGUGUCUGAUCGUCUUCAUGAUGGUCCUGGUCAUCGGAAACCUGGUGGUCCUGAAUCUGUUCCUGGCCUUGUUACUGAGCUCGUUCAGUGGUGAUAAUCUCGCAGCUCCAGAGGAGGAAGGUGAAAAUAACUUGCAGAUCGCCAUAAAUCGGAUCAACAGGGCUGUGGCCUGGAUCAAAUCCUGGAUCCUAGAGCAUAUUUGGACUGUUGUGGGGAAGAAGAACCAUGUUAAUCCAGACCACAUUGUGGUCAGCAGUGAAGAAGACAACAAGAAGAUGAAGGAGGUUUUGCCUUUGACCUUUGUGACCUCAGAUCAGCCGGUGUCAGAGGUCAAUGCCUUCAGCUGUAGCCAUGGCAACCUGACCAGCAACUACCACAACAUCACUUUCCUGAGGGUCCCCAUCGCCAAGGCUGAGUCCGAGUUCGAGUCUGAGUCUGAGUCCGACUUUGACACACCUGAACAUGAGGAUGAGGAAGAGAAUGAAGAUGAAGAGGAAGAAAAGCACUCCCAAUGUGACGAAUCGUCAGCCUGCAGCACCAUACAGAAACUUCCUGAGGUCAAGGAGGAAGUAGAUGACGAAGAUCUGGAUUCAGACGCACCUGAAGACUGCUGCACUGAGAAGUGUUAUCGUCGCUGUCCACUCCUGGACAUCAACAUGUCCCAGGGCAAAGGGAAGGUCUGGUCUAACUUCAGGAGAACCUGUUUCUCCAUUGUAGAACACAACUACUUUGAGACCUUCAUCAUCUUCAUGAUCCUGCUCAGCAGUGGAGCUCUGGCUUUUGAGGACAUCUACCUGGAGCAGCGUCGGGUCAUAAAGACAGUUCUGGAGUACGCAGACCAGGUGUUCACCUAUAUUUUCGUGGUAGAGAUGAUUCUCAAGUGGAUCGCCUACGGAUUCAAGACCUAUUUCACCAACGCCUGGUGUUGGCUGGACUUCCUCAUCGUAGACGUGUCUCUGGUGUCUCUGACAGCAAACAUCCUGGGAUACUCUGAGCUGGGAGCCAUUAAGUCUCUGAGGACCCUGAGAGCUUUGAGGCCCCUGAGGGCCCUGUCCCGCUUCGAGGGCAUGAGGGUGGUGGUGAACGCUCUGGUUGGAGCAAUCCCGUCCAUCUUUAAUGUGCUGCUGGUGUGUCUGAUCUUCUGGCUGAUCUUCAGCAUCAUGGGAGUGAACCUGUUUGCAGGAAAGUUUUAUUACUGUUUCAACAAGACAUCAGAGGAGAUGUUCCACCCUGACAAGGUCAACAACAAGACCGAGUGCCUCACUCUGAUCAAUGACAACUUCACCGAGGUCCGCUGGAAGAACCUGAAGGUCAACUAUGACAAUGUGGGAAUGGGCUACCUGUCGCUGCUGCAAGUGGCCACAUUUAAAGGCUGGAUGGAUAUCAUGUAUGCUGCGGUGGACUCCAGAGAGGUGGAGUCUCAGCCGAUGUACGAGGAUAACCUGUACAUGUACCUGUACUUUGUCUGUUUCAUCAUCUUUGGCUCCUUCUUCACCCUCAACCUCUUCAUCGGAGUCAUCAUCGACAAUUUCAACCAGCAGAAAGCCAAGUUGGGAGGAACAGAUAUUUUCAUGACAGAGGAGCAGAAGAAAUAUUAUAAUGCCAUGAAGAAACUGGGCUCCAAGAAACCUCAGAAACCUGUUCCACGGCCUGAGAACAAAUUCCAGGGUCUGGUCUUUGACUUUGUGACCAAACAGUUUUUUGACAUCUUCAUCAUGGUGUUGAUCUGCCUCAACAUGGUGACCAUGAUGGUGGAGACGGAUGAGCAGAGCCAGGAGAAAGAGAUUAUCCUAUACUGGGUCAACCUGGUCUUCAUCAUCAUCUUCACCACAGAAUGCACUCUGAAGAUCAUUGCACUCAGGCAGCACUACUUUGCUGUCGGCUGGAACAUUUUCGACUUUGUGGUCGUCAUCCUGUCCAUCGUGGGCCUCCUCCUCGCUGACAUCAUAGAGAAGUACUUUGUCUCACCCACGCUCUUUCGUGUGAUCCGAUUGGCUCGUAUUGGUCGAAUUCUUCGUCUUAUUCGUGGAGCUAAGGGGAUCCGGACAUUGCUGUUCGCCCUGAUGAUGUCACUUCCUGCCCUCUUCAACAUUGGCCUCCUCCUCUUCCUCAUCAUGUUCAUCUUCUCCAUCUUCGGGAUGUCAAACUUUGCCUACGUGAAGAAGGAGGGCAUGAUGGACGACAUUUUUAACUUUGAGAACUUUGGGAACAGCAUGAUCUGUUUGUUUAUGAUCACCACGUCAGCAGGAUGGGACGGUCUGCUGAGUCCCAUCAUGAACACUGUGCCAGACUGCGAUCCGGAUGUUGAGAACCCGGGAUCACCAGUCAGAGGGAACUGUGGUAGCCCGGGGGUGGGCAUCGUCUUCUUCACCACCUACAUCAUCAUGUCCUUCUUGGUGGUGGUCAACAUGUACAUCGCCAUCAUCCUGGAGAACUUCAAUGUGGCCACAGAGGAGAGCAGUGACCCACUGUGUGAGGACGACUUUGAGAUGUUUUAUGAAACCUGGGAGAAGUUUGACCCUGAUGCCUCACAGUUUAUACAGUACAGUAAGCUGUCAGAUUUCUGUGACACUCUACAGGAUCCUCUAAGAAUUCCCAAACCCAAUACUAUCAAACUGAUCCACAUGGAUCUGCCUCUGGUUCCUGGAGACAAGAUCCACUGUCUUGACAUCCUGCUUGCACUCACUGCAGAGGUGUUGGGUGAUUCAGGAGCAAUGGACACUCUGAAAGCCAGCAUGGAGGAGAAAUUCAUGGCAAACAACCCCUCAAAGGUGUCGUAUGAACCGAUCAGCAGCACCCUGCGGAGGAAACAGGAGGAGGUGGCAGCAACUGUGAUCCAGCGGGCGUACAGGAAACAUCUCCUGCGGCGAACAGUCAAACUGGCAUCCUACAAAUACCGUGAGAAGACAGACAGACGGCGAGACGUGGAUUUGCUGCCAGAGACAGAGGGACUUCUCUAUAAAAGAAUCAGUCAGCUGUAUGGAAACAGCCAGGACACACAGGAACCAGAUUCUGGUGAGGACCCACUUCUUCCACCCCAAGUAGAGCUUCAGAGUGAGUUUGUCCUCCAUGCUGCUCCACCCGUCAACGCUCCUGACUUCCUGCAAGAUGAGAACCUGAGGGAGUCUAUCGUGUGAUGACGGCUGAUGUUUAAUGUUUCUCCUGUUUCUUCCUUUUCCUCUGCACUGUGUGAAUUCACCAUUGGAGUGUUACCUGUUGGAGGAGCAGCAGACUAACCUCUGUUAGCUUCAGCUUCUAUAAAGACUCAGCAGAGCAACAGAUCACAGCAGAGAAGUUAAAGUCCAUCAGGUUGACAACUGAGAAUCUGCUGCAAGUUGAUUCUGCGCUCCUCCUCUGGUCUCGCACAUGAAAGGGUUUCAUUAUUGCGUCUUCAUUUCUGUGCUGAAGGAGUUCAGGGACGUUCAGUCUGUCGAGGUUCACUGGGACACUGUGAUACUAAAUUUUACAAAUAAACUCAACUACUCAUCCACAUUAUUAGUAACUACUAAUGUAGUAGAUAGUGCCAGACCAGGUGAUUGUUACCUGUUCCCAGGUGUUAUUUAGUCAGAUUGAUCCCCUCACAGCUCAGACUGGUCCACAGAGUUUUUAUUAUGUUCAGGAUCUGCCUGUUUUGACCAGAAAGAUGUUUGAUGGCCAUUUGAAACGAUCAAUCUCACAACAGCAUUCAGUGAUAAAAUUAAUCUGCUCAAACAAUAAAUCAUAUUAUUCUUUCGUCAAACAGUCAACAGAAAUGUGAGCAUAUCACUGAUGAUUCAACAAACCAGACCAAACCAGGGCAGACAACCAGCACUGGAAAGUUACUAAAUACAAUUACUCAAGUACUGUAUUUUCAUACAAUUUGUAGGUCAAAUUUACGCUACUUUAUACUUCUGCUCCACUUUAUUUCAGAGGCAAAUAUUAUACUUGGCUUUUCACUGCAUCACAUUCAUCUGACAGCUGUAGUUACCUGUUAAAAUUAUAUAUUUAUCAAACAGCACAUUGUGAAAAAUUAAACCAGUCUUUACAACCUUUUUGGCUUAUGACAAUAGAGUGUUGUUGUGUCUCUUGUUCUUUUUCUGUCUCUGAGUUGUUAUCAUCAAAAAGAUGUUUCACCUCUGAAUCUUUCUCGUGGUUUCUUGAUCAAACUGUUUGUAAAAUGAUCCUAAAACAAAACCUCCAAAGUCCAGAAACACAGAUCAGCGAUUCAGAAGUGUUUCUAUUUCUUUCCUCUGCCAUGAAUCAGGUUACACACCUUCUGGUUACCAGGUUUAUCUGGUGACGCUCUGAAGGGGCAUGACCCCAGGUUGGAAACCAGUGGACUAAACUAUCUGUAUCUGAUGUAUUUAAACCAGCUCUACCUGGAGCAACUACAACUACACUACAACAGCAAAAUACUGCUGACACAUCAAUGACUCAGGAUCAAUGAUCUGAUCCGAGGUCAGUUACUGCACAAUGAAGUACUUUUACUGUCAUGCUUUAACUACAUGAAGUACUUAGUGCAAAACAUGUAAUGGUGUAGUGGAGUACUUUUUAAAAUUGCAGUAUUUGUAUUUUUACUUAAGUAAAUAAUCUGAGUUUUCCUCUGUCACUGCUGGCAGCCAAUCAUAGGGUAGCAUCUGAACAGACCUGGUUAAAGAAAACGUUUGACUUGAUUGGACAAAAAAUUAAAAACAUUCUAAACACACACAGAUAUAUUUCAUUGGUUAUCUACAAUUUGAUUUAAUCUGACAACAUUUAUCCUAAAUGAUGAUAAACUCCAGUAACAUGUCUCUGUUUAUGAUCCUUCACUUUCCACUCACUGUUCAUUCUGAUUGGUCGAUUCAGCUGCAGGUGUUUUUCUUUACGGAUGACUGAGCUCUUUAUGUGAAGCUGAUACAGAUAAAAUCCGAUGUUAUGUUAUGAUGAGGUGAACUGGCCAAUGGGAGCUUAGAAUGAACCAAUCAAUAGCCAAUCAGAGCUGGCUCAGAUAAAAUCAACAAAUUGACUGAACUCACAACAAAAAUAAACAACUUUAUCAUUUCAACAAAAUAUCAGUGGAUGUAAAGUGCAUUUUAUUAAAAGUGUUAAAUUAUUGGAGAUGGAUCAUUGAUGACUGAUUUUACCUGCUCUCUUUCUCACAGAGCAGAUCCUCCAUUUUCUUUAUUUCUUUCUUAAUUUCUUUAUUUUGUGUAUAAGGUUUGGUAUAUUUGUAUAAAAUCUUUACUUUCUUUACCAAAGUCACUCGGAGAUGAUGCUUGUCAGAUGUUAGCUUAUUGUUGCUAAGAGACCAUUGCUUCAUGUGAUUGGUGGAUGAGUGUCUGAAUCAUCAGCUGAUUGGUCAGUUUUGAUGUUUGAUGAACGACAGUUAUGAACUGCAGUGAAAACAAAGCGAUUAAAGCAAUUAAAGUGAUUCAAAAUCUCCUGAAAA